AUGUUGCUUUGGAUAAAAGGUGCAUUGUCUCCUCAGGAAAUUAGGGACCGUCUGAUGGCUGCUGACGGGCCCUUUCAAGAAGUGUUAAUAACUUAUUUAGAAGGUUCACACGUGGGAGAAUUCUUAACAGGCACAAUGAACGACAUUAAAGCAAAAGUGCCUAUAGUCAAUUCCACAAAGCAGGGAAUUCACGCUAUUUUAAAACCCGAUGACAUAGCGCCGGAGAUACCUACCGACUAUCGAGAUCCAACACAAACUUUCCCAGAUAUGCCGCCUUCGCUGUGUACCCAUGAAAACUGCAAUAACUGUUUCCAAUGUCUAGCGGUCAAAAAUUGGUUUAGCCAUUACAAUAACACAGUAGACGACCUCAUCUUUCGUUCAAACCUACAUAGGACUUGUACUCCCAUGGUCAAAGUCGUUAGCAAAGCAAAGAAAAAAGGAGUAAACGAUACAUCUCAAGACGAGGUCUUUACCUUCCCCGGGUUAUUCCGUAUGGAAUCCAUGUGGAAUCCAUGGAAUCCAUGGAAUCCAUGUUGGCUGAGGACCCAGCCAUUUUCUUAUUCCAUAGACCUCAUGGAUUCCAUAUGGAAUGACCAUGGAAUGGUCAUGGAAUGA